AUGGCGGGUUAUUCAAGCAAAGCGGAAGAAGCCCACAUGUCCAGCCUACGAAAUGAAGAAGAAGCUCCACCAGCAUACGAAGACCUCUCAAGGCCUCCCUCAAACGUAUUCAACGACGUAUCCCGACCACCAUCCAGCGUCUUCAGCGACGCAAGCCUAACAGACGACACAACUCUCAACAACGAAGCUCCCUCACCCGCACGACCAUUUCCACUAGUCUUCAAUCUGUACUCCGAAAAUAAGUGGAAGGAGUGGAAAACGAGACGUUUCCAUCUAGGCGAACACGCUGAUCAACCCACGAAUGCGGUCAUCUUCACGACCGGCUGGAAGGGGACUACGUUAUCCUUACAUCAAGGACCAGAGAAGGAGUCACCUGCCAUUGCUCUCGGCACACGGGACUCCACGUGGUCAAAACAUUCCGCCAUUACUCUGCCGCGGCAUCCUGCUGCGGAUGGCGAACCUGUGAAGACCCAGCUUCGUACCAAUAUCGCAUGGAAGACUGGGACGGUUACCUACUCCUUCAGCAUAGAAGUCCUCGGCCAUGACGAGAAAUUUCAUGAAGAACGAUUCGAAUGGCGCCUUUCGCAUGGGGAGGAAGUUCGAGAUAUCGACAAGCGAGGCUGGGGCUACAAACUCGUUCGCCUCUCUGGCUCGGAAUCUGGUGGCAAGGAAGAAGGACCGCAAGGCUCGCAAGCCGGUUCCAGUCGAAGUGCCCGCGAACAUGGUACGACGAGUGACGGGAAAGAAGUUGUCUCAGUGUUCGCAGACCGGAGCCUGGCGAGUAAGAACAAGGUCGCGAUAUUUGCGUUUGUGGGAGGCGGUGCGACGGGACAAUUUGGGGAGCGGUGGGCGGUUUUGGCGGUGGUGACGUUUUUGAGGGUAUGGCAGAGUGUGCAUCCGGAGCUUUCAGGGGGCGUGUAG